AUCUGUGGGGGACCAGGCGCAAAACUCAAAUCGUUUUGCAUCUCUACAAAGUGACGAUGAAUCGUCCGACGGUAGUGGAACUCAAGAGUCCAACGAGGUUAAAGUGGUGGCGGUGCAAAAGAAUCUCUCCAAGGCGCCCAAAUCAUUGGACGAAGAUGAAGACAAUGAUGCUGAUGACACUGAAAACAGAGAGAACACUGUGGACGACGCAAUGGAGGAAGAUGACAAUGAUGAACGGGUCAAUAGCGAUGGGACGAAUACGCACGAUGAGGCCAUGGACGACAACACUCCACCGUUGACUUCCCACAACCUCGAGGCAACACAAGACUCAGCAGGUACGGGGAUCCUUAUGGAGCCCUCGGAAACAACCCCUCGUUGCGUUCAACGUCCACCAACACUUGCCAAACGGAUUUCUAACCUCAUUCAGGUGAAUAUGGCAGGGGUAUCAGGCAAGUGUCACAUCUUUGAGACUACUUUCUCUGUGAACUAUCAAGGGUCGGAUUCAGGAACUGUGGCGGAUGCGCUCUUGUCAACAGUUCUGAAUUCAAUGGAGGAAGCCAUUAACAAUUCCCCUCAUGAAUUGAAGCUCCUUCCAAUCUCCGAUACCACAUAUAAACAACAGAAUCUUUGGAUUCGAAACUCAGUGGAUUUACGUAAUUGCAUUCUGACUUAUCGCACCUUGUCGACUUACUGUGAUAUGGAAUACGGUAACUGUCCUUACGCGGCAACCAACAGCAAGCCGGGCGAGAAGAAACUAAGCACACGCCUUCGCGUCGGCUUUUCUUCUGAGGCUUCUGUCAAGGCCGUCCAAGACUACCUUCACACUGGACUACGUCAAUUGGGUAGAGGCGCUGGAAGUUAA